AUGCCGCGCUUGUGGGGGGCUGGCCUUAGCGUCGUGAGGUUGUGCCUGAUGGCUGUCCAGCUUGUGAUGCCAAGGAUGCCUCCUCCACGUCUUCCCCCGGAUAUCUCCAGCUCGCUCCCCCCACGGUGGAUGAAUAAGAGUUUGCAAAGACAUGAUUCGAGCAAAUCUCACUUUCACAUGCAUAUCGAAUAUCCACAGUAUAAACAGAGUUUCGGGGUCCCGACCAAGCAGCGCAUUCAAACGAGUCCGAUGCCGGUGGUUCACAAGAGUGCUUGGUGUAAGACAUGGCAAUUUCGCAAAGAUUUGGAAUAG